GUCUUGGUCAACAUUAUUUUAUUUUCUCGCUUAGAAGCAUUGAUCUUCAGAAUGCUAAACAAAGAUUCUCCUGCAGCCUCCGUAAACCACAUUAACCUUCCUCUGGUGCGCGUGUGCAGAGGACUGCAAUACCCACAAUCCUUUUCUGGGAUUUGUGGCUCUGAGACUGGUCAAAAGAAUGGAUUUUACAGAGGCUUACUCUGACACAUGCUCCAUGGUUGGACUUGCUGCCAGGGAAGGCAAUGUUAAAGUCUUAAGAAAACUGCUCAAAAAGGGACUGAGCGUUGAUGUUGCUGAUAAUAGGGGAUGGAUGCCAAUUCAUGAAGCAGCUUAUCACAACUCUGUAGAAUGUUUGCGGAUGUUAAUUCAUACAGAUUCAUCUGAAGACUACAUUAGGACAAAGACUUUUGAGGGCUUCUCUGCAUUGCAUUUUGCUGCAAGUCGAGGACAUUGGAAGAUUGUACAGAUUCUUUUAGAAGCUGGGGCAGAUCCUAAUGCAACCACUUUAGAGGAAACCACGCCACUGUUUUUAGCUGUUGAAAAUGGACGGAUAGAUGUGUUAAGGCUGUUGCUUCGACAUGGAGCAAAUGUUAAUGGGUCCCAUUCUAUGUGUGGAUGGAAUGCCUUGCACCAGGCUACUUUUCAGGAAAAUGCUGAAAUCAUAAAGUUGCUCCUUAAAAGAGGAGCAAACAAGGAAUGCCAGGAUGACUUCGGAAUCACACCUUUAUUUGUGGCUGCUCAGUAUGGCAAACUAGAAAGUUUGAGCAUACUUAUUUCAUCGGGUGCAAAUGUCAAUUGUCAAGCCUUGGACAAAGCUACUCCCUUGUUCAUUGCUGCUCAAGAGGGCCACACAGAAUGUGUGGAGCUUUUGCUGUCCAGUGGGGCAGAUCCUAAUCUCUACUGUAAUGAGGACAAUUGGCAGUUACCUAUUCAUGCAGCUGCACAGAUGGGCCAUACAGAAAUCUUGGACUUGCUAAUACCACUUACUAACCGGAUCUGUGACACUGGGCCAGACAAAGUGAGCCCUGUCUACUCAGCAGUGUUUGGAGGACAUGAAGACUGCCUGGAAAUGUUACUCCGGCAUGGCUACAGCCCAGAUGCCCAGAUGUGCCUAGUCUUUGGAUUUAGUUCUCCGCUGUGCAUGGCUUUCCAAAAGGACUGUGAAUUCUUUGGAAUUGUGAAUAUUCUUUUGAAAUAUGGAGUCCAGCUAAAUGAACUUCAUUUGGCAUACUGCCUGAAGUAUGAGAAGUUUUCAGUAUUUCGAUACUUUUUGAAGAAAGGCUGUCCAUUGGCGUCAUGGAACCAUAUAUCUGAAUUUAUAAAUCAUGCAGUUAAAGCACAGGGAAAAUAUAAGGAAUGGUUGCCAUCUCUCCUACUUGCUGGAUUUGACCCACUGAAUCUUCUAUGCAAUUCCUGGAUUGAAGCCGUCAGUGAUGACACCCUUAUCUUCACUUUGGAGUUUACUAAUUGGAGGAGACUUCCUCCAGCUGUUGACAAGAUGCUCUCUGCUCGGGCCUCAAACUCCUCUUGGGCCCUACAGCAGCAUAUUGCUGCUGUUCCAUCCCUGACCCACCUUUGUCGCUUGGAAAUUCGGUCCAGUCUAAAACCGGAACACCUACGAUCUGACAGUUUUAUCUGCCAGUUGCCGCUUCCCAGAAGCCUACAUAAUUAUUUGCUCUAUUCAGAGGUUCUGAGGAUGAAUGAAGUUCCCGAACUGGCAGUUAUUCAAGAUGGAGAAAUCAGUGAUACUGCUUAAUGCACCUUGUGUCUUACUCUGAAAACCACCAAGACUAAGAGCCAUGGAGUACAGAGUCUUCAUGAUUUUAUAGUUACAAAAGAUGAUUUUUGUUUGAGUGGUUGGUUAGGUGUUUUUUGGGAGGCAUUAGUUUAAUGCAACUGGAGACUUCCUGAUAAAAAUACUGUAAACCCAACUUACAUUACUUUAUUACAGUUUCAUCAUCAGUACACUUUUUGUUGUGAUAUUUAUUUACCUAACAAUUUUUCUUUAUUCUAUUAAUGAACUAUGGUGCUGCUUCUAGUGCUGCACAUGGCAUAUUUCCACCUAUGACUCUGUGUUUAUCUAGGGGGGGCUUAGGGCGGACCACAUAAAACUUGACUGGAAGUGGACACACAGUGGGGUUAAAUCUAUUAUUAUCAUUAUUUCAUUUGAGGUUGAAUAUCUUUAUGUUUGUAAAAGAAUUAUUUUAUAUUUUGUUCUUAUUUCUUAAUUUAGUCACUUUUAUGAAGAAUUGGCAUUCAUUGGCUUUUCAUGGGUAAACUCAGGAGAAUUCCUUUAAAAAAAGAAUAUAGAAAAUGAAUUGUUUUGCUGUUGUUUCUUUUUCAGUUCCUUGAUAUUCUCUUUGGCUAAAAAAGACCAUGUUUCUGAAAAGGCAAGAACAGACCUAAUCUCAAAGGUAUUCUCAGUUGAAAAAAAAUUAGGUUGGUAUUGGGAUAAAUGAACAUUUUGUCCCAUUUAGAAUACUAAUCGGGAGACUUGGAAGGGGCAAAAAGGUAUGUAUUCCUGAGGUACUUAAUAUCAAAAACAAACAUUCAAGCUCCAUUCCGCCUCCAAAUCAGAGGGCAGCUUUGAUCCUAUGAAGCAAGAUUGCUAUUUCUAUUAAUAUUAUAGUGUUUUUCUUUUUUAUUAUCUACAUAGGUUAUCAAAUAGUCCAUGAAAUUGAGACCUCAGAGUCCUAGGUUAAUGAGACACCGCCUCAUUGAUUUUACAAUUGCUCAGUCUGAAUCUAGAGUCAGAGAGGACUAAACACUGGAUCAAAUGAGCUAUGAUAAGAGGCUCUGGAGACCAACCUUGAAAGAAAAGUUACAGAACCAUCACUGUCAUGAUAGACACCUAGAGAUAGGGUCCAAAGGAGGGCAUGUCUUCUGUCUUAUUGGGAUCCUGUGGCUUAAAACAGAUGGAGUGCGUCAGCCAGGUCCAUCUCCGAUAGUCCUUGGCUGUUUGAUGAACGCAAUAAUGAAGGCAGACCAAAUGAUGGAGGCAUUGUUAAAGGCCUGGACUGAACUCAGAGCUAGUUAGAGCUGUAGUUACUGCCUGUGGAGGAGAGAUAGAGUCUGAAUGUGGGUACGCAGGCAGAAAUAAAGUAGAUAUGGAAAACCAGAUGGAAAUUCUGAUACUUAGUAAAAUUCCAAGAAUGUAUGUACUAUGUAGUAUUUUCAAAAUGUCCUAAUCUUUAUUUUCCCAAACCCUAAGUCUGUGAUUUUUAGCAUAAUCAGUUUUUUGUUAGGGUCAAAUGUACAUAAAAUGUUAAUAUUU